AUGUCUUCAUUGAUAAAUAUACACUAUGACGAAAAUAAUGACGAAGAGGAGAAUUUGAUUAUAAAAUUUGCUGACUAUGAAACAUUUAAAUUAUAUGUUUUAAAAAAAUAUGAUAAGAUAUAUAAAACUUGUAAUUAUGAGAAAUCCGUUAUAAAUUAUUAUAGUGUAAAAUGGAUAAAUUUUAUUAAUCGUAAGGUUCCCAUCUUGUUACAAAACAAAAGCGGUCCUUGUCCUCUUUUGUGUAUAACAAAUAUAUUAUUAUUAAGAAAUCAAUUACAUAUAGAUAGAAAGGUUAAGAAGAUAUCGCAAAAAGUACUAGAAAGUAAAAUUAUGAAUAUAUUAUUAGAAUCCAAUAAAAAGAAUGUUACAGAAAAUAAUUCUUCAUGUAAUUAUAGAAAGAAUAUUAUAGAAUCUGUUGAAAUAUUACCACAAUUAAAAUAUGGAUUAGAUGUUAAUUGUAAAUUUACAAAUAUUUGUUCUUUUGAAUAUACCAAAGGUUUAUGUAUUUUUGAUAUGUUGAAUAUUCCACUAUAUCAUGGAUGGGUUAUUUCUUCAGAUGAUAUUAUUUUUUAUUCUUAUUUAAAAGAUUAUUCUUAUAAUGUUAUUAUAAAUAAAAUUGUUAGAUAUAAUGAUUACUAUGAAAAAAAGAGGAAAAAGAAACACCUUCUAGAAAUAACACAUGAUGAUAAAGAUAUUAUAUACGAACUUGAGGACAUAAAGGAAUGUACUCCAAAUUUUUCACAAGAUCGAAAUAAAAAAAAGGAAAAGUCAAAAAGGAAAAGUGUAUCUCCAAUGAAUAAAAAUAAAACGAAGAAUAAAAACAAAAACAAAAACAAAAAUAAUAAUAAUAAUAAUAAUAAUAAUAAUAAUGAUGACCAUAAUGAUAUUAAUAACAUUAAUAAAAUUAAUAAGAUUAAUAAGAUUAAGUUUAAUUGUAAGCAUAAUAAAAAAAAUUAUAAUAAUAAUGACGAUGAUGAUGAUGAUGAUUAUGAUAACAAUCAAUUUGGUGAUAAUCAUAAUUUCAGCUAUCCUCAAUUUAACGGUAGCUUUAUGAAAAAUAAUAAUUUUAAAAAAAAUAGCUAUAAUAAUUAUAAUGUACCUAUUUUUCCAGACGAUUUAGAUCAAACAUCGGAAGAUAACACAAUAACUAAAAUGCUAGUAGAAGAUAUAAAUAUAAGUGAUCAUAAUUUGAAUUUUAAUGAUAAUUUUAAUAAUGUCAAAUUAGCAAAAAAAGUAAGUCUUCAACAUAAUAAUACACACCCAUGUAAUAAUGAUUUUGAUACGAAUAAUAGUAGUAGCAUUAGUAACCACAAGAAUAACAAUAACAAUAAUAAUAAUAAUAAUAAUAAUAAUAAUAAUAAUAAUAAUACUCAUAACCACAACAAUAAUAAUAAUAAUAACAAUAAUAAUAACAAUAAUAAUAAUAAUAAUAGUAGUAGUACCUGUAGUAAUAAUAAUAUUAAUCAUAGCAAUAGAAGAGCGUUCAGUACCAAUAUUGUGAGAUCCUCUAAAAUGAUUAAUAAUUUUUGUAAUAUGCUACAAAAAAAAGAAGAUAAUGUACAAUCAUGUUUUUUCAAAGAAAAUAAUAAAUCAAAUAAAUUGUCUUCUCGUAUAAAAAAAUCACAAUCAUUUAUUAAAAAAGAAAAAAAUUAUAACAAAUUAAUGUUAUAUAACGAUCUAGAUGCUCCUAAUAAUAUGGAUGCUCCAAAAUUUCCAGAAGACACAUUAACCAAUUCUAAUAAUCUUAUUACCAAUGAAUACUCAGAAAAAAAUUAUGAAGAAAGUAAUAUUAAAUUAAAUAAUAUUGAUGAUGAUAAUUUUACAAACAAUGAAUUUUUUUUAGAAUCUAAUAAAAUCGAAAGUAUCAUAAAUGAACAAGGAUUUGAUAAUUAUACAGAUAAUAAUACAGAAAUAAGUGAAAAUUUUAUUAUGAAAAAUUAUAAUACUGAAAUUAAUCUAACACCAUAUGAAGUACAUGAAGCAUUAAUUAUAUCGGAAUUUCUUGAAACACAUAAAACACAAUUAACAAAAGUAGGAUUAAAGUUAUUACAUGAAACUCUAAAUCCAAAUCAACUAGUUGCAUUCUUUAGAAAUAAUCAUUUUAAUACACUCUUCAAAUAUGAAAAUAAACUCUUCAUUCUUGCUGCUGAUAUAUCCUUUCUACAUCUAAGCUGUACAUGGGAACUUUUUGAUAAUGUAGAAAAUGAUACUUCUUAUUAUGAUAACAAUUUUGAAUGCUUAGCAAACCAAAAAACAGAUAAAAAAGACCUUAACCAUUCAAUCAUUUAUUCGAGAAAUUUCGACAAAAGCACGGCAAGAAACAAUAUUUAUUGUUUAAGGUCUAAUGCUACCAUGAAUAAUAAUAAAAAAAAAAAAAAAAAAAAAUGUACUAUCAUGUAA